AUGCCUGAACUCGACAUCGUCGAUCAUUCGGACUACCAAGGCUGGCUCAAUCAGUCUAGAAAACAACAGGACCCCGGCUUCUUAUGGAUCAAGGGCAAUCCCGCUGCAGGAAAGUCCACCAUUAUGAAGUUCGUUUACAGUGAGCAAGUUCUACGCGCCAGCAGCGAUGAAACUGUCAUGGCAUUUUUCUUCAACGCCAGAGGAGGUCCGAUGGAACGCUCCCCGAAAGGGAUGUAUCGUUCGCUGCUUCACCAGCUCUUGGGAUCUGACUCGUUGCCACAACUACGACCAAUAUUUCGUGAUUCCGCCCUCAAGCCACAUGUCAGGUUACAACUGGCGCAGACAUACGAGCAAAUAUUCUCAAACAAUCCAUCUCCCACAUGGGGGAUUGACUGCCUCAAGGAUUUGCUUCGCGUUGCCAUCGACAGGCUUGCCGUUGAACAGGAAUGGGCGAUUUUCGUGGAUGUAUUGGACGAAUGUGUUUCCGAAGAAGUUUAG